AUGGCCCCCGAGAAGGGAACAUACGGAGCCAAGAUCAUCGCUCAAUCGCUUCAUGAUCUAGGCGUCAAGGCCAUUUUCGGGACGCCAGGAUUACCAGUAACUGAAAUCGCCCAAGAAGGUCUCUUCCUAGGCAUCCGGUUCAUCAGCUGUCGAAAUGAACAAGCAGCCGCAUACGCCGCCUCAGCCUAUGGCUAUCUCACAGGAAAGCCGGGAAUAUGUAUAUCAGUCGGAGGACCGGGGAUGUUUCAUGUCAUGGCUGGCGUAAGUUCCUCCCUUUCACCCAUCCCGUGGAAACUGUAUUGACACACUGUUGGAAAGAUUCCUCACGCCGCCGCAAAUUCCUGGCCGCUAGUAGUUCUCUCUGGAGCAUCAGAAACCCAUAACUCUGGCAAAAUGGCUUUCCAAGAAGUAGACUCCAUUCCGAUCAUGAGAACACUGGACGCCAAAUUUGCAGCUCGUCCUCCUACUCCGGAGAUGAUUCCAACUUUCAUCAAGGAUGCCUAUCGGUUUGCGUGGUUCGGCCGUCCUGGACCGGCAUUUGUCGACCUGCCUGCCAACUUGAUUAUGGGCCACUUUGAGGUUCCAAGGCAUAAGAUUCCCGCCUACACCGAAGCUCCUUUGUCAGUUGCACCACCGAAACAGAUCCAAGCUGCCGUCGAUGCGUUGAAAUCAGCAAAGGCACCACUGGUUGUCAUUGGCAAGGGAGCAGCGUUUGCUCGAGCCGAGAAGCCGAUCAACGCUCUCAUAGAACAGUAAGCCACUCUUCUCUGUCUUGCCGCAAUCUCAAUCUAACCGCGUCGCAGGACCGGCUUGCCAUUCGUCCCAACGCCCAUGGGAAAGGGUGUGAUAGCCGACUCUAGUCCUAACAACUACUCAGCAGCCCGAUCAGUAGCGCUGAAAGAAGCAGAUGUAGUCUUAGUUCUUGGCGCGAAACUAAACUGGAUUCUCUCGUUCGGUUUGCCACCCAAAUGGAGCCCAACAGUAAAGAUCAUCCAAGUCGACAUUACAGCCGAUGAGCUAGGCAAGAACGGAGGUCACCCGACAUUGAGUCUUGUGGGAGACGUUGGCCUCGUGGUCGAGCACAUCGUCUCCGGCCUCUCCGGAUGGAAAUGGCAAUCUAAGUCCACCGACUUCCAUCGCAAACUCCAAGCCUCGAAAGCCAAGAACGAAGAUAGAGCCGCCAAGAAAGCUGCCGCCGAUACUCUUCCCAUCCCCUUUGAGAGAGCUUUCGAUGUUAUACGCACCACCCUCAACGGUCUGUCAAAACCCGAAGAUGGGGAUAUUGUCUACGUCUCCGAGGGCGCAAACGCAAUGGACAUUUCCCGCUCAAUCUUCACAAUGGAACAUCCCCGUCUGAAACUCGACGCGGGAACGUACGCCACCAUGGGCGUAGGAUUGGGAUACUGCAUCGCGGCAUACACAGCAUACAACCUCACAGGCGAAGGUUCCGCCGGCAAAGCCGGCCGCAAGAAGAUCGUGGCGAUCGAAGGCGAUAGCGCGUUCGGAUUCUCGGGCAUGGAAGUCGAAACCAUGGCUCGGUACCAGAUGGACAUUCUCAUGUUCGUGAUGAAUAACAGUGGCUUGUACAGAGGCGACACUCCGCAUGAAGAAGUCUGGAAUGAGCGUAGAGGGCACACCGUUGCAGGGACAACGACAGACGGCAAAGGUCUCACGGCGUGGUCGCUUGGGUAUCAAACGGAUUAUGGCAAGGUCGCGGAGAUGGCCGGAGGCAUUGGAAUCACCGCUCGGACACCGGACGAGUUGAAGAAGGCCGUGGAGACUGGAUUCAACGCCAAGGUCCCGGUCGUGGUGAAUGUCAUUGUGGAUCCUCAGUCCGAUCUUCCAAUGGUAAGAGUUCCUCGCGCACCUGCACGGCAAUGUUUACUUUGGCCGAAUACUGACUCUUCUGACAGGAUUUCUCAUGGCUGGAUAUGGCACCUCCGAAGAAAGAUGCGAAGUUGUAG